GUGUAGAAAUUGAGCGUCUGCCCAUUUUUCUUGUGUAUGGAGACGGCUGAAGAAGAUUCAGCGGCCGUUAUGGGUGAAACAACAUCCAGCUCUCUCCUCCGCAAUACGCGCUGCUGUUUUUGUUUCCCGCGUUUCAACUGUCGUCGAUCCUCCACCGUCGGAUUGUCUUGGUGGGAGCAAAUCCAAUCACAGAACCGCUGGUGGACGCCGGCGGUCACUGCCUUACAAAGAGUCCGAGAGUGGUCAGAGAUCGUGGCCGGACCUAAGUGGAAGACUUUCAUCCGAAGAUUCAACAGAAACAGAAGUAAUACCAACACUUCACAUCACCCUCACGGAAAAUUCCAAUACGACCCUCUGAGUUAUUCCCUCAACUUCGAAGGGAACGGUAAUUUCGACCAUGAUGACGAUUUCAGCGGGUUCCGGGAUUUCUCGACACGGUACGCUUCUAGUAAGUCGGCGGCGGCAACGGCAACGGCGAGUACUGUAGUGGAUGAUCGAGGGAAGGAUGUGGCGGCGUUGGCGUGAAGAUCUGCGUCAGCCAAAGUUACACAGUUGAUUUUGUGAUAGUAGUUGGCGGCGCUAGGGUGGAGCAAUUUUAUUUGCUAGCUAAAUAGUGGUGUAAAUAAAGAUGGGUUUCUAUAGAGUUUGGUGUUCAUAUCUUUCAGUUGUUUCUUGUGGAAAUAAAGGUGUGUGUAUGUUUUAAUA